UAAUACAAAAGAGUUUUAGUGUAAAAAUCGAAAACUCGUCGUGCGAGACCAAGCUAAAGCGAAAACAAAAUAAACUAUUAUGCAAACGGCAAACUCAAAUACUGCAGCAGCUGCAGCAGCAGCUGCUACAGCUAGCGUCGGAAGCGAGCCUAUGGCAACGCCUUUGCGAGCCUGCAGUACGAGCGGCUGCCGGGUGAGCAAAUAUGUGGAAGUGACCAAGCGCAAGUGCUCGCAGUUCGUCACUGCACCUUACAUUAUGCCCAAGCCACUGGUGGUCAAUGGCAAGACAUCGAUUUUCCAAGUGGGCGGGGAAAUGGCCAAAUUGGGCGACGUACCCUCGCUGGCAAGUGUAACCGGUGCCGGCAAUGGACAACCUAUUUACCGGAUUAGACAAGGCACUCAUGCGCAUGUCAUUAACUAUGUGUUCAUAGACGAGGGCUCCGAUUCCAUGGAGAAAGCCAAGUCAGAAGAUCAGGAGGCAAUGCGCAUGUUACUCGAUUCACAGCGAGAGAGCGCCACAGCAAAGCUACAGAAAUUACUAUCCACACAUCGCGGGCUGGCACAACUAGCUGCAGCCACAAUGCCAACUGCUCCAGCUGCUACCACAGCCACUGGGGUGACAGCUACCGUGCCCAACAGCGUACACGUGACUACUCCUCAAAUACAUCCCAACUUGUCCAUUGCCAGUGUGGAGGGCGCUUUGCCUUUUGCAGCGACAGCUACAACGAACGCCACUCCUACAUCCACGCCCUCGCCCGCUUGUGCCCCCGUGGCAACCGCAGCUCCAGCAAAGAGUAAGCAAGUGGACACUAGCGUUGACCAGCUACAAGCCGAGAUACUCAAGCUGCGUCGCACUGUUGCGCGUCUCGGCGGUGGUCGCAUUUCCUAAUGACUAACAUAGAAUACUUUACUCUUAGGUAGCAAACACAUAAACGACAUUUAUUUAUAUAGAGCCAACAAAUACGCUUUGACCUCUCGUUAGAUUUAGCUUAAGACGUUCUCUGUUAAUAAACUAACUUUUUUAGCAU